UGUGGUCACCCGUGGAGAUGAAUGUGGCUUGGCUCUGGGGAGGCUGGCCUCCAUUGUGGAGCAGGUGGCCAUGCUGCAGAAUCAGGGCAGGGAGAUGAUGAUUGUCACCAGUGGAGCAGUGGCCUUUGGCAAGCAAAGAUUAAGACACGAGAUCCUGCUGUCCCAGAGUGUCCGACAGGCGCUGCACUCUGGACACAAUCAACUCAAAGACAUGUCCCUGCCAGUGCUGGAGGCCCGGGCCUGUGCUGCAGCUGGACAGAGCGGCCUGAUGGCCCUUUACGAGGCCAUGUUCACCCAAUACAGCACUUGCACUGCACAGAUCCUGGUGACAAAUCUGGAUUUCCACGACGACCAAAAGAGGCAGAACUUAAACAGCACACUGCAGGAGCUGCUGCGCAUGAACAUCGUGCCCAUCAUCAACACCAAUGAUGCUGUGGUGCCCCCGCCGGAGCCCAACAGCGACCUGCAGGGGGUAAAUGUGAUCAGCAUUAAGGACAAUGACAGUCUGGCGGCGAGGCUAGCUGUAGAGAUGAAGGCUGACCUGCUCAUCGCGCUGUCUGACGUGGAAGGACUGUACAACAGCCCUCCUGGAACAGAUGACGCCAAACUCAUUGACAUCUUUUACCCUGGAGACCAGCAGUCCAUCACUUAUGGUACAAAGUCCAGAGUUGGGAUCGGAGGCAUGGAAGCUAAGGUCAAAGCUGCGCUGUGGGCGCUGCAAGGUGGCACCUCAGUGGUCAUUGCUAAUGGAACCAACCCCAAAGUAACAGGUCACGUCAUCACUGACAUUGUAGAAGGCAAAAAGGUGGGAACCUUCUUCUCUGAGAUCAAACCAGCCGGCCCGACUGUGGAGCAGCAGACUGAAAUGGCACGUAACUCCGGAAGAACCCUGGCAUCUCUUCACCCCGACCAGAGGAGUGAGAUCAUCUGCCAUCUCGCAGAGCUGUUGACUGAAAAGAAGGAAGAGAUUCUUGCUGCCAACAAGAUGGACAUGGACCUGGCUGCUAAUGCAGGCCAUUUGCCACCAGCCAUGCUUAAGCGUCUCAGUCUGUCACCGGCCAAACUUAACAGCUUGGCCAUAGGUCUGCGCCAGAUAGCCGUGGCGGCCCAGGACAGUGUGGGUCGCGUGCUCCGCAGGACCAGGGUGGCUCACAACCUGGAGCUGGAGCAGAUCACCGUGCCCAUCGGAGUUCUUCUGGUCAUCUUUGAGGCCAGACCUGACUGCCUGCCACAGGUGUCAGCAUUGUCUAUAGCCAGUGGUAACGCCCUCCUUCUGAAGGGAGGCAAGGAGGCAGCCAACACAAACCGUGUUCUCCACCAGCUCACCCAGGAAGCCCUGUCCAUGCACGGAGUCAGAGAGGCCGUGCAACUGGUGAGCACUCGUGAGGAAGUGGAGGAUCUGUGCCGACUGGACAAGAUGAUCGACUUGAUUAUCCCUCGAGGUUCAUCCCAGCUUGUGAGGGACAUUCAGCGAGCUGCCAAAGGCAUCCCGGUGCUGGGUCACAGCGAGGGAAUCUGUCAUGUCUACGUUGACGCAGAAGCCAGCAUUGACAAAGUCAUCAAGAUUGUCAGAGACUCCAAAUGUGACUACCCAGCUGCAUGUAAUGCUAUGGAAACUCUGCUGAUUCACCGAGACAUCCUGAGGACCCCAUUUUUUGACCAGAUCAUUGACAUGCUGCGCACUGAGCGGGUGAAGAUUCAUGCAGGCCCUCGGUUUGCUUCCUACCUGACAUUCAGCCCAUCAGAGGCCAAGUCGUUGCGGACAGAGUACGGUGACCUGGAGUGCUGUAUGGAGGUGGUGGACAGCAUGCACGAGGCUGUGGACCAUAUCCACAAGUACGGUAGCUCCCACACAGACGUAAUCAUCACAGAAAACGAGGACACAGCGGAGCAGUUCCUGCAGCAGCUGGACAGCGCCUGUGUUUUCUGGAACACCAGCUCACGUUUCGCUGAUGGCUACCGCUUUGGACUGGGAGCAGAGGUUGGUAUUAGCACGGCGCGUAUCCAUGCGCGGGGCCCUGUGGGCCUUGAGGGGCUGCUCACCACCAAGUGGGUUCUGAGAGGUGAUGGGCACACGGCAGCCGACUUCUCUGAGCACGGCACUAUGAAGUACCUCCAUGAAAACCUGCCUGUUGUGCAGCCUUUAGCUGGACAGAGAGACAGCAACUAGACCGGAGACUUUCACAACGCUCUCUUGGCUUUAAUGUUGGUCAAAAUGCUUUGCAUUGCCCACCAGCAGCCUCUGUUUUAAACCUCUACAGCACACAGCACGGAGAGAGAUGCUCAACACGCCAAUGGUCAAUUUUAUCAGUACAACCAGAAAGUUGUCCCUGCUCAGAUUAUACUGUUGUUCAUUGACUAAGAGUUUACAAAUUUUUUAAAUUCUACCUCAGCUUAUGAUACCUUUUUUAUAUAUGAGUUAGGGGAGUCACCCCCAUAGGCCUCUGCAGGAGGUAUCAUGUGGUGAUCACAACACAUAAAUGCCUUCACAAUGAUAUUAAUAUAAUUGGGGACAGUGUGAGCCAGAAAGGAGUGAAUUAAGAUUGCUUUCUGUAAGACAAAGUAAACACACGUCAUACAUGUAUCAACGGAAACCAAGGUGCUUGAUGUUUUUUAUUUUUUAUAAUGCAAUCUCAGGACAUCAUUUUCAUCAGACAUUAAGUCACAAGCCUCAUGCUAUAAGAGAAGAGAUCGUGCUAUAUUGUCAUUAUGCUGGCUUUGCUUGUUUACACCGAACCAAACAAAGCCAGCAUAUUGCUGCCUCUGUGUGUGAAUUUCAAAUAACACAAUAUAACAGUGUUGGUAUCUCUCCCGCCAUGCCAGCUCUUUCACACAGAUGUUGAUCCAGCUCUGUGACUACCUCCACUGCCGGCUUAUUGCCGGAACAACAGUGCCCUGCCCCCACUCGCUGUUUGUAUCUUUUUAUACAGAAAGACGAGGUGCAAUAAAGGUGCACUAUUGCCGCCAUGAACAGGCUGUGUUAAAGUGGCUACAGAAACAGUAUUUAAUUUCACCCACAAAAUGGCUAUGAGAAAAGAAAAUGUCAACACAUUCUUAAUCAUCAGUACCAAAAUUAACUUACUUUUACCCAUUUUAUUUUUUAUCUAAAAUAUUUUUCAUUUAAUGUGAUCUAUUCUAGUCUGAUCUUUCAGAAAAAAACAAGGUUGAUGCUGAUUGUACUGUAUCUGCUUUCUUUGUUUCAUUUCAACAUUUUCUUGCUGUAAUUUCAGGAUGAGUUUUCUGUAUGAUAUCUAAAUGUACAGGUAUUUUUGAUUAGCUGAGAUGCUGGUUUUAUAUCACUACAAGUUGGCAUUUGACAGCCGAAAUGUUUACCUUUUCUAACUACUUUAACCACUUCUGGUGUGUUUUCGGACUUUUAAGUUUUCCUUUAUUAAAACUUAAUUACAGGAUUAAGAUUAAUAGUAUCAUAUAUGAUACAGAAGUAUAAAGUAAAUUUACCAGUUGUGUCGUACAGUAAUCCAAGUUAAAAUGCACUUCAACUUGAAUGCAUCCAUUUUAUUUACUAUUUUAUUUAUUUGAUCAUUGUUACAAGUUCUGCUCUUUUUUUUUU